AUGCAAGCCCAAGGUUCACAAUCGAAUGUAGGGUCUUUGAGGAGUAAUUGCUCUGACAAUUCACUACCGAACAAUCAUGUUAUGAUGCACUGCGAUGAAAGCAGCGGCAGCCCGCACAGCGAGCACAACGAUUAUAGUUACGAAAAGACCAAUCUGGAAAGUACGGCAUCAAAUAGUCGUGAACACAGAGACAACCAGCUAAGUAGGUUGAAGAGUGAGGAAUACGUUGUUCCAAAGAAUCAACGUAGGGGACUAUUGCCUCAACUCGCCAUUAUACCGGAGUUCAAGGAUGCCAGAGAUUAUCCACCGAUGAUGAAAAAGAUGAUUGUCUUCUUGAUUGCGUUUUCCUCCAUGAUGGGCCCCAUGGGCACAUCUAUCAUUUUUCCAGCGAUCAACUCAAUCACAACAGAAUUUAAAACAUCAGUGAUUAUGGUAAACGUUUCAAUUGGUGUGUACCUUUUAAGUCUUGGUGUUUUCCCAUUGUGGUGGUCUUCUCUAUCCGAGCUAGAGGGCAGAAGAACUACUUACAUAACUUCAUUUGCAUUAUUGUUUGCAUUUAAUAUCGGGUCUGCUCUAGCUCCUGAUAUCAACUCAUUUAUUGCCUUGAGAAUGCUCUGUGGGGCUGCUUCUGCCAGUGUUCAAAGUGUAGGUGCUGGAACAGUGGCUGAUUUAUAUAUUAGCGAAGAUAGAGGUAAAAAUUUGAGUUAUUACUAUUUGGGUCCACUACUGGCGCCGCUACUAUCUCCAAUUUUUGGAUCUUUGUUAGUGAAUCGCUGGCCCUGGAGAUCCACUCAAUGGUUUAUGGUUAUUUUAUCCGGAUGUAAUGUCAUUCUUUUGACGGUGUUACUACCUGAAACAUUAAGAAAACAAGAUUCUAAAGGCGCUAUCGCUCAAAUUUUGGCUGAAAGACGUAUUCAAGUAGACAAUAACGAACGUGGAGAGAUACAAGAAGAUUAUCAGAGGGGAGAAGAUGAGACAGAUCGAAUUGAAAACCAAGUUGCCACAUUAUCUACUGAGAAGCAUAACUACGUUGGAGAGGUAAGGGAUCAAGACUCGCUAGAUUUAGAAAGUCACUCUAGCCCCAAUACUUAUGAUGGUCGAGCUGGAGAAACCCAAUUGCAACGGAUUUAUACAGAGGCGAGUAGAAGUCUGUAUGAAUAUCAGCUAGAUGAUAGCGGUAUCGAUGCAACAACAGCACAAGUUACGAGAAUAAGAUCAACAGAUCCAAAGUUAGCGAGAUCGAUUCGAGAAAAUAGUCUGAGAAAAUUACAAACCAACCUGGAAGAGCAAGUCAAAAAAGUGCUAUCCAGUAAUGGAGGUGAAAUCGCUCCUAAACAGGUAUCAGCGGUGAGGAAGGUCUGGGACACCUUUUUUGUUUAUUUUAUCAAGCCUUUAAAAUCAUUGCACUUCCUAGAAUAUCCACCCGUGGCACUUGCAAUAACAUUUUCCGCAAUUUCCUUUUCCACAGUAUACUUUGUUAAUAUGACAGUUGAAUAUAAAUAUUCAAGGCCUCCUUACAACUUUAAACCAUUAUACAUUGGUCUACUGUAUAUUCCGAAUUCUGUAACAUACUUUUUCGCCUCAAUUUACGGUGGACGUUGGGUGGACAUGCUUUUAAAAAGAUACAAAGAGAAAUAUGGAAUUCUUGCUCCUGAAGCUCGUAUAUCGUGGAAUGUUGUUACAUCUGUAAUAUCUUUCCCCAUUGCGCUAUUGAUAUUUGGCUGGUGCCUAGAUAAAAAAUGCCACUGGGUAACGCCACUAAUUGGAACAGCCCUCUUUGGAUAUGCAGCUAUGAUGACAAUUGGUGCUACCCUUUCCUAUUUAGUCGAUUCAUUGCCGGGAAAGGGUGCCACCGGUGUUGCUUUGAAUAAUUUAAUAAGGCAAAUCUUGGCUGCAACCGCAGUCUUUGUCACCACACCCAUGUUAAACGGUAUGGGAACUGGGUGGGCUUUCACAAUGCUGGCCUUUAUCGUCUUGGGUGCUAGCAGUGUACUUAUAAUACUGAAAAAGCACGGUGAUUACUGGAGAGAGAACUACGAUUUACAAAAAUUGUACGACAAAAUUGAUUAA